CAGCUCUACCCUCCAGCCUCUCACGCUUUCUUCAGCCUUCCCGCUUCAGGAAUCAUGUCUAGCAAAUCCACCGUGAGGAGCCAAAGCGUCAGCUACCGUGGCUUCAGCACCAGCUCAGCCAGAGUCCCAGGGGUCUGCCGCUCUGGCUUCAGCAGUGUCUCUGUGUCCCGCUCCAGGGGCACUGGUGGCCUCGGUGGAGUGUGUGGAGGAGCUGGCUUUGGGAGCAGGAGCCUCUAUAGCCUGGGCGGCUCCAAGAGGAUCUCCAUCGGAGGGGGCAGCUGUGCCAUCAGUGGUGGAUAUGGUGGCCGAGUUGGAGGUGGCUUUGGCUAUGGAGGUGGAGCUGCCAGUGGAUUUGGUUUUGGUGCCGCAGCUGGUGGUGGCUUUGGGCUCGGUGGUGGAGCUGGUUUUGCUGGUGGCUAUGGGGGCUCUGGCUUCCCUGUGUGCCCCCCUGGAGGCAUCCAAGAGGUCACCAUCAACCAGAACCUCCUCACUCCUCUGAACCUGCAAAUUGACCCCGCCAUCCAGCGGGUGAGGACUGAGGAGCGGGAGCAGAUCAAGACCCUCAACAACAAGUUCGCCUCCUUCAUCGACAAGGUGCGGUUCCUGGAGCAGAAGAACAAAGUCCUGGACACCAAGUGGACUCUGCUCCAGGAGCAGGGCACCAAGACCGUGAGGCAGAAUCUGGAGCCCUGGUUUGAGCAGUAUAUCAACAAGCUCAGGAGACACCUGGAGAGUUUAGAGGGGGAGAAGGUCCAACUGAACUCAGAACUCAGGGACAUGCAGGACAUGGUGGAGGACUUCAAGAACAAAUACGAUGAUGAAAUCAACAAGCGCACAGCAGCAGAGAAUGAAUUUGUGACUCUAAAGAAGGAUGUGGAUGCUGCAUACAUUAAUAAUGAUGAUCUCCAAGCCAACGUGGAGGCUCUGAAAGAGGAGAUCAACUUCACCAGAGCCUUGUAUGAAGCAGAACUGGCUCAGAUGCAAACCCACAUCUCAGACACUUCCGUGGUCCUGUCCAUGGACAACAACCGUAACCUGGACCUGGACAACAUCAUCACUGAAGUCAAAGCCCAAUAUGAGGAGAUUGCUCAGAAGAGCCGGGCUGAGGCUGAGUCCUGGUACCAGAGCAAGUAUGAGGAGCUGCAGGCCACCACAGGCAGACUGAUGAAUGAUCUGCGCAACUCCAAGCAGGAGAUUACUGAGAUCAACCGCAUGAUCCAGAGGCUGAGAUCUGAGAUCGACCAUGUCAAGAAGCAGUGUGCCAACCUGCAGUCCGCUAUUGCUGAUGCUGAACAGCGUGGGGAGAUGGCCCUCAAGGAUGCCAAGAACAAGCUGGCUGAUCUGGAGGAUGCUCUGCAGAAGGCCAAGCAGGACAUGGCCCGGCCGCUGAAGGAGUACCAGGAGCAGAUGAAUGCCAAAUUGGCCCUGGACUUGGAGAUUGCCACCUACAGGAAGCUACUGGAGGGUGAGGAGUCCAGGUGGGUAACUCACACAAGCUCCUCAAACCUCUGAAUACAUGUCCAUGAUGUCUGGCCAUGAGCACAAGUUGAAGGCAUUCUAGUUAUGGCCACAAUCAUGACUCUCAGAGAAUCUUAAAAGGCAGUUUGCUCAUGGGUUAUCCUCACAUCGAGGCUUCCCACUCUGGUCCAGUGGUGGCUGUCUGAGGUCUCACGGUCCCUGUGUUUUCU